AACUUUGAUGGCGAUAAAGAAUGAAUUGAAUGAUCCUCACAAUGUCCUGGAGAAUUGGGAUAGUAAUUCUAUUGAUCCUUGCAGUUGGAGGAUGAUUACUUGUAACCUUGAUGGCUCUGUUUCAGUAUUGUUGCUUCAGAACAAUGCAAUUUCCGAUCAGAUUGCUACAGCAAUUGGAAGCAUAGAAAAGCUUCAGACACUUGAUCUCUCCAAUAACAAUUUUAGUGGUGAGAUACCGAAUUCUUUGGGAGGCCUCAAGAACCUGAAUUAUUUUUUAUAUUUCAAUAAAUGGUGCCUUGUUUUUUUGAGAGAAGGAUAUUAUGUAGAGAAAACUUUCAAACAGACCGCUGAGAUAUUGAAACAGAGAGGGAUGGGAUUAGAGUCACAACUUGAUUCUCUGGAAGUCAUAAUCAAGGACCUUCAAGCAGAGACCAUGUUUUUCGGUCAAACAAUUGCUGAAGCUGCGGUGCAUUUCUAA